UUUUUACAUGAGCCCUUCCCUGUAGAAUCAAGUCUUCAUAAGUUUUUGGAUGACCAUAUUAAUGCUGAAAUUGUAGGUGGAACGAUCAAGACAAAACAAGACGCUAUGGAUUAUUUAACAUGGACCUACUUUUAUCGACGUUUGCAACAGAAUCCUACUUAUUACGGCUUGGAUGAUAUGACACAAAAGGGAAUUGAUGUAUUUUUGUCAGAUAUGAUUAAUGAUGUAGCACAACGCUUAGAGGAGGCUGGAUGUAUAGAGAUUAUAGAUGAUUUUGAAUUGAUACCUCUUAUAUCAGCACAUAUUGCGUCCUAUUACUAUCUUCACCCAAAGACAGUGCAUCAUUUCCGACGCAGCAUUCAUCGAGAUUCAGCAAUUGAUGAUGUCUUGGAUGUUUUAGGAAAUGUGCCCGAGUACGAAGAGUUACCAGCACGAUGUCAGGAAGACGUAUUGAAUGCGGAAAUUGAAAAGUUCAUCCCUUAUGAGGUCAAAGGUACUCCAAACUUUAUUAGUCCACAUGUAAAGGCGUAUGUACUAGUACAGGCUCAUGUGAGUCGUCUUGAACUUCCAAGUUCAGAUUAUAUUACGGAUCAAAUUACCGUUUUGGAUUCAGCGAUUCGAUUUUGCCAAGCAAUGAUUGAUGUUGCAGCAGAUAACGGAUACCUAAAGACAUCUUUGACAAUAAUGCAGUUACUACAGUGUGUAAAACAAGCACGAUGGCCGAAUGAAUCACCCAUUUUGACACUGCCUUAUAUCGAAAAACAAAUGCUUUCUCAAAUUCGACAUAAAGGCAAACCUGUGAAGAGUUUGACUGAAUUGAUCAAACUAUCUCAUACACAAAUUUUUUCAAAUAUAAAAGACCUUGAUGAAGAAAAGAGAGAAGAGAUUCGACAAGUAUUGAAUCGAAUGCCACUUAUUCAUCUUAAAGCAGAAAUCGAGUCCAAAAAGCCCUAUUUGAUCCCCGAAUCUACUUACAAAAUCUCGAUUCAACUAAAUCGAAUCACAAAAAAGCAUUAUCAACAUAAUGGUCGUGUUCAUGCCCCAUUUUUCCCAAAGCCCCAAUAUGAGUCUUGGUGGAUUGUCUUGGGCGACACAGCAAACGAUGAACUAUUAGCCCUAAAACGAGUAAGCAUGCGAAAUGGUCCAAAUGAAACGUUAGUAAAUAGAACCCAUACAAGUGUAACAUUUGAAACACCUGCACAUUUUGGCAAACAUCAAUACACACUUUAUUUGAUCUCUGAUGGUUAUCUUGGUUUAGAUCAACAAAUUGAAAUACCUUUUGAAACGAGAAUGGAUUAA